GUUGCCGUAAUCUUAUUGAUCCCGUGAUUCAAAAGAAAAUGGUAACCUUUGCUGCACGGCACUUAUAAUAAUUUGUUUCUUAAAACGGGCAGCGAAGAAAAAUGCUAAAACCGAAGGUUUUAUCCGAUGUAUUGUCUCAGGCAAAUACUGGCGGAGUAAUAAGUACGAUGCUGCUUAAUCAUGAAGGGUCCUUGUUGGCGUAUGCUGGGACUGAUGUAUACAAAGAUGCUAAAGUAACUGCUGCCGUAGCAUCAAAUAUUUGGUCUGCAUAUGAAAAAGGUGGAAAGAUGGCAUUUAACAAUGAAGGACUUGAGUAUAUGUUCAUGGAUUGCGACGAAGGAAAAGUCACUGUAACAAAGAUAUCUGGUAUUCUUUUGUGCAUGUAUGCAAACACGGAUGUUGGCUUUGGUAUUUUAAAAUUAAAAAUGGAAAAAUUAGGGGAAUUUUUAAAGGAGCCCCUGCUGCAAUCACUCUCAUAACAUAAAUUGUUUGUCAAAUUGCUUGAAUGAUUUACCAACCGACGAUCUGUAUGUAAAAGUCUUCCAUCUCAGCGAUGUAUCGGUAGACAUUUUAUGUGCAUAAUUUUAACCCUGGCAUUAUUAUUGUUGUCUCAUAUAGAUAUAAAAUCACCAUCGUAUGUUUAACACAUUGUUUUCAUACAUAAAGGCUCUAUUAAACGUCCCUCUAGGAAUUAAAAAAUAUAAAACGCCCUGCCUCUAAUAAACGUUUCUUGUCUACAGUCAAAAAGGGCGUUUAUUAGGGUUAAAAAUUUGAAUAUUUAGGUUUUUAAUAAACAUUUGCUCGGUAUCUACUUAACACCUGGCUCCAAUAAACGCACCCUUAGAGAUCUCAAAAGUAGAUAAACGCCUGUGGCGUUUAGUAGAGCAUUUACAGUAGGAUUUUGCAUACUUUUUUUGUUUUUUAAUAUUAUAUCUUCAUGCUAGGAACGUAUGAAUUAUUUUUUUGUUUAUAUGUAAUAAUUUUGAAAAAAAGUUUUAUAUAAUUAAAUGAAAAAAUUUCUCCGUAAUAUUAUUACCC